AUGUUAAAUAUUUCCAGAAACACCCUUGGCGCGGCAUUUGUUGCUACAAGAAACAUCCAUGCUUCCAAAACAAGCUUUCAGAAAACUGGCACUGCUGAGGUAUCCUCUAUUCUUGAGGAGCGUAUUUUGGGAGCUGACACCUCUGCGGAACUUGAGGAGACUGGCCGUGUGCUCUCGAUUGGUGAUGGUAUUGCCCGCGUGUACGGCCUGAGAAAUGUCCAGGCAGAAGAAAUGGUUGAAUUCUCUUCUGGUCUGAAGGGUAUGUCCUUGAAUUUGGAGCCGGACAACGUUGGUGUUGUCGUGUUUGGUAACGACAGACUGAUCAAGGAAGGGGAUGUUGUGAAGAGGACUGGUGCCAUUGUGGAUGUGCCAGUUGGGGAAGAGCUGCUGGGCCGCGUUGUAGAUGCCCUGGGCAAUCCAAUUGAUGGGAAGGGUCCUAUUACAUCUAAGACACGUAGGAGAGUUGGCUUGAAGGCCCCUGGGAUCAUUCCCAGAAUCUCUGUGCGUGAACCUAUGCAGACUGGUAUUAAGGCUGUGGACAGCUUGGUGCCAAUUGGUCGUGGCCAGCGUGAGCUGAUCAUCGGUGACAGGCAGACUGGGAAAACUUCAAUUGCCAUUGACACAAUAAUCAAUCAGAAACGAUUUAAUGAUGGAACAGAUGAGAAAAAGAAGCUGUACUGCAUCUAUGUUGCAAUUGGCCAGAAGAGGUCGACUGUUGCUCAGCUGGUGAAGAGGCUGACUGACGCAGAUGCCAUGAAGUACACUAUUGUGGUGUCUGCCACAGCAUCCGAUGCUGCACCCCUGCAGUAUCUGGCUCCCUAUUCAGGCUGCUCCAUGGGGGAGUACUUCAGAGACAACGGAAAACAUGCAUUAAUCAUCUAUGAUGACUUAUCCAAACAGGCUGUUGCCUAUCGUCAGAUGUCUCUGCUGCUGCGGCGCCCUCCCGGUCGUGAAGCCUACCCGGGUGACGUGUUCUACCUGCACUCCCGCCUGCUGGAGAGAGCAGCCAAAAUGAACGAUUCCUUUGGGGGUGGCUCUCUGACCGCCUUGCCUGUCAUUGAAACGCAGGCUGGUGAUGUGUCUGCUUACAUUCCAACCAAUGUCAUCUCCAUCACUGAUGGGCAGAUCUUCUUGGAAACGGAGUUGUUCUACAAAGGUAUCCGUCCAGCCAUCAAUGUUGGUCUGUCUGUGUCCCGGGUAGGUUCUGCUGCUCAGACCAGGGCUAUGAAGCAGGUGGCGGGUACCAUGAAGCUGGAGCUGGCUCAGUAUCGUGAAGUAGCUGCCUUCGCUCAGUUUUGAUCCUUCCGAGAAGGACUCUGUGUCAUGCUGUUGUGUCCUGAUGUAAGAGUUACCAGUGGUGUGACGGCUUUCUUCUCUGCAGUUCCCAUGGCUAUUGAGGAACAGGUUGCAGUCAUCUAUGCUGGUGUAAGAGGUCACUUGGACAAGCUGGAGCCCAGCAAAAUCACUAAAUUUGAGAGCGCUUUCCUAGCUCACGUACUGAGCCAGCACCAGGCCCUCCUCUCCACGAUCAGGACCGAAGGGAAGAUCUCUGACCAGACAGAAGCUAAGUUGAAGGAGAUAGUCACAAGUUUCCUGUCUACUUUUGAGGCAUAAACUCUGAAAACUGUCCCAGCAGACCACGCUGUUGUCGUGAUCCUGUGCUCCAGCUCCAUCGAAGACUUCAAAGUACGUGCGACUUGAAUGUACAGAUCUCAACCAGAAUAAAAGUUUCCGUGU